AUGCAAAUUAAUGUUAGAUAAUCUUCAAAAAGUAGAAUAUUACUAGCUAUGAUUGAAAACUAUUAGAAAUCUUCUGAUGAAGAAGCUAUGCUUGAGGCCUCCAAAAAUAGUUCAGUUGCUUAAAUUGAGAAGAGAUUCAAAAAAAGUUAAGUUAAUCAAAAAUAUCAAUUUCCAAGAACAGAUGAAAAUAACUAGAGAAUAAGCUCAGAAUCUCCUAUAGCAAAACAAUUUUCGCCUAAAGAACAUAAUUAAUAGAAGGACAGCUUCAAAGACCUUUUAAAAAAAAUAUAUCUCUCUAAUCUAAAGAAAAAAUCAAGAAAAACUUAACUCAAUCCAGAAUUUAUAAAAUAAUAAUAUUCAAUACUACAGCAAUCUCAUCGUAAAUCAUUUUAGACUACAAAUAAAUCAAAAUUAUAAUAUUCUUUAAGUUAAAAUAGGCUUUUAACAGAUAUAGGUUAUAAAUAAAGUUACUCAAGGGGAUAGUCUCCAGAAAUUAAGUAGUUUUACUCUAAUCGUCAAGUUGGAACACAACUUUCUAAGUUUAUGGAUUAUAAUGCUAUGGAAAAACAAAAAUCUUAAUAAAAUUUCAAUUAACAACAUUCAUGUAGAAGUUUUGAACUAAGAUAUUAAUUUAACAAAUCACCUUAUUCAUUAUUGUAAAAUAAAAGCUUUGAUUUAAUUAAAUAGCUUUCAUAAUUUUCAAGUCUAUAAAAAGUAAAAUCUAAAAAUAAUUGA